AUGUCUGCUCCUCAGGAAAAUCUUCCUCACACCAACUCUCAGUACAUGCAAGAUGGUGCUCGAAGACAGUCACGCCAGGAGUUCAACAACAUACAGCUCCCCCCCUUCCGAUAUUCUGGGUAUCCUGCGGACGUGUCUUCUUAUCAAAAUAAUCUGACACCCUCCUAUCCCGCAUAUCCGCCUCAGUCGCCCCCCUAUGUCUCCCAAACACCCUCCUAUUACCCAGCGACACCUUCCUAUUAUCCACAGACGCCGUCUUAUCAAGAAUACACCGGUACAAUGCACUACAACAACGCCGGCGUGUCCCCAUAUAUGCCCCUUUAUAGAUCAUCUUCACCCUCGAGCCAGUAUAUCCCGUCCGGGCUCCUAGCAUCCCCUCGACUCCCUCCCUCCCCUCGGUUGCAUCAAGGCCGCGACAACAGCCCUGUUAUCCCUGCUCAAGCCCCUUACGGAAACCUAGCCACAGAGGUCGUUUUGACCCCUCCGGCCUCCUCUGGCAGCAGCCCACCGGCCAAGGGAGACGUCGACGUCGAGGGCCUAGCCAGGGAGGCUGCCAUGGCUGCGUGCGACUUCACGAUGCCUCCACUUGACGACCUUGACGAGGACACAGACGACGACGACACAGACGAUGACGAUGACGAUGAAGAAGACGAGCUGGAUACCAGCCAUAUCACGGCAUCUGAUGAGUCGUGGAAAGUUCGCAACCCCAAUCGCCCUGUCAUCCCGUCGAGGCCCGCCGCCGCCCCUCUCACAGCAGAGCAGAAGGCUCAGCGCUCUGCGAGGCGUAAGCAGAAAGCCGAGCGGGACGAGGCGCUCCGUAAGGAGAUCCUUAAGCUCAUCAUCUCGGAUGAGGUCAUCCAACGCCUCUCUCGGCAGUUCGACGUCCCCAUCAGGACUAUCGAAAACAUGAUCUUCCGUGCACAGGAACGGAAGCACCGUACGGUCCGUCUCUAUAAUGCCAAGCUACAUUAUGAACGCGCCCAUAUCAUCUAUCCCGAUAACCUUACCCCACCUCAAAAAACGAAGUUUCUUCACGCGUACGUGAAAGCGAAGACCUACACACGAGAGCAAGAGAUUCAGAUGGUGCAGGAGCUGGAGGAUGAUCGUGAAAGGCGACGCAACGCCGUCCGAUGCUCUAAUCGCGCGGCCAAUCAGGACGUCAUCCAUACGACCAACCGCAUCAUCGCGCUGCUCGAUGCUCUGCGCACGCGUACAGGUAUUUACGCCUGCGUGAUGAUCGUUCGAGGUCAUAUCAACGACCCCAUGCAACCCGUGCUUUACGGUACCGACAACUCCAGCGAAUUUUUCCACCACUCCUUCGACAAAACCCCCGACCAGAUGAUCCGGAUGUUUGAGCAGUGGGCUUGUAACCUCGCCGAGAACCUUGAUCAACGUGAGAAGCGCGACAAGCUCUCCGUCCAUCAAGAAUACUGCGUGGCUUCCAUUGAGGCCCAACUCCGCUUAGGGUUCAUGACAGGGCAGAACACGCGAAUGAACUACAAAAAUUACCAGAAGAAGAUCGUCCAAACGCACGGAAUUACACUCGAGGGCUGGCCAGAGGACAUCACGAUGAAGCGGCCGCAUCUUAUUACUCAGGUGGGCGACAUCAAACGCAUCCGCGAAGCCCUUGAGAGCCGCAAGUGCUUCUGGCAAUCGCUCGAUGGGAAGCGCAACUCAAAGGGCUUUGACGCUGCCGCCCCCGUGAAGCGUAAGAUGCAGCAGAAGAAGCAAUCGGCUCCAAGGAAGAAGAAGGCGACCGGCGGAAAGGCCGCUGGCCCUAAGAGUGCCGAGAUCAUCGAAGCCUCCGAUGAGGAAUGA